GUUACUGGGGAUUUCACGCCGUUGGGUUGGCAACACACGUUUUGAAUUUUUGUCGUUACGUUUGUUGUGUUUGUGUUAUAAGUGUGAAAAAUGGAAAAAACAGACAAUUUGGAGGAGGUGGAGGCGAGGAAACGUAGAUCUUCAAUUUUGAAAGCGCGCAAAUCACGGAACCCCCUUGAAGAAAUCGAUGCGAAUGAGACCAGCCCCAACAUGACCCCCACAAAACCCGUCCGUCGAGUCAGUUUUGCAAGCAGUAAUUUUAUAAAGCCUUUUGUAGCUGAUCCGGAUCAAAAUACGAUCUGGGAUAAUACAAUCGAAGAAGACGUCAAUCAUACAAACUCAACUCAGUCCUCAGGGUGUAAUAGUGGAAUGGAAUUGACAAGAAACGACAAGGGGGCUCACACAGUCCCUUCGUUGUUGAAUACAACAAUGUUGGAUGAAAGUAUGAUGGAAAUGACGUGUCAUAGUGUCGCAAAAAAGUUCGAAAAUCCUUUAAUUUCGAAUUGUGACGAUGUUUUCGUUCAAGAAGAUGAAAUGGAUUUGACUGGAGUAUCAGAUUGUGAUGAAAAAAAUGACAAUCAAGAAAUCAACACAAAUGGAGGUGAUAUGGAAUUCACUUGUCAAAUUCCCGAAUUGUCAAAAACUGUCAAAGAUAAAAAUCAAACCCUAAGGGAAGCUGUUGAUAUGGAAUUCACUUCGCAAAUUCCCAACAUCAGUGGCGUAACUAAGGAAUCCACCUGUCAAGUUCCAAAAUUGUCAAAUAGUGUCAAUGUGUCAAAAAAUGACGAAACAAUGGAAUUCACCUGUCAAGUUCCCACAAAUUUCAAGUGUCAAAUUCCAGGUACUGAAAAACCCCAAGUUUUUGACAAAGAAAAUGUAAUUAUGAGUCAUAGUCAAAUUUCGAUUAUUAAUUGCGGAAUGUCCGAACAGUCAAAGAAACUGUCAAGUUCUGACACCGAAACUAUGGAAUUCACUUGUCAAAUACCAAAAUCGUCCAAGGUCACGAGUCUGUAUGUCAAUGUGUCAAAGAUUGGCAAUGAUGACGAAACGACUGAAUUCAUCUGUCAAAUUCCCACAACUACAAUCAAAACCCCAAAUGUCAAGUGUCAAAUUCCAAGUUAUGAAAAAUCCGAAUUCGUUGACAAAGAAUAUAUCAAUAUCACAAGGCAUAAUGAAAUGCCCGAACUGUCAAAGAUUGACACGGAAACAAUGGGUUACUCGUGUCAAAUUCCUAUAACUACCGACACAAAGGAUGUCAAAACUGUGAAUUUCAAGUGUCAAAUUAUUAGUACUGAAAAUCCCAAAAUAAUUGACAAAGAAAAUAUCAAUAUCAGGCAUAAUGAAAUGCCCGAAGUGUCUAAGUAUGACAACAAAAUUCGUACACCUCCCGUUACUGAAAAACUUGUCAAAAUGAGGCAUAGUCAAAUUCCGAUUGUCAAUUGUAAAAUGCCGCAACUGUCAAAUACAGUCACCGAAACGAUGGAAUUUACUUGUCAAAUACCCCAACACUUAAGUAUUGACACCGAAGCAAUGGAAAUUUCCGUGAAGAAUGAUGUCGAAAGGCAUAAUGAAAUGCCCGAACUGUCAAAGAUUGACAACAAAAUUUCUACACCUCUAAAAAUGAAUUUCACAUGUCUGAAUCCCGUUACUGAAAAACUUGUCAAAGAAAAUACAGCCAAAUUGAGGCAUAGUCAAAUUCCGAUUGUCAAUUGUGAAAUGCCUCAACUAUCAAAUACUGUCACCGAAACGAUGGAAUUCACUUGUCAAAUGCCCAAACAUCUAAGUAUUGACACUGAAGCAAUGGAAACUUCCGUGAAGAAUGAUAAUGAAAUGCCCGAACUGUCAAAGAUUGACAACAAGGCAACGGAAAUUUUGUGUCAAAUUUCUCCACCCCCAGAAAUGAAUUCCACAUGUCAAAUUCCAGAAAAACUUGUCAAAGAAAAUGCAGUCAAUCAAAUUCCGAUUGUUAAUUGUAAAAUGCCCCAAUUGUCAAAUUCUCUCACUGAAACUAUGGAAUUCACUUGUCAAAUGCCCAAACUUCCAAGUUUUGACAUCGAAGCAAUGGAAACUUCCGAGAAAACUGUCAAUGUCAAUGAAAUUAUUGACAAAGAAAAUUCAGUCAGGCAUAGUCAAAUUCCGAUUGUUAAUUGUAAAAUGCCUCAAUUGUCUAAGAUUGACAAACUGUCUACUAUGAAAUAUACUUGCCAGAUGUCCAAACUCCCAAAUACUGACACCGAAGUAGUAAAAACUUCUGAGAAGAAUGAUGUCAAAACUGUCAAGUGUCAAACUCCACGAACCCCAAAUUUUGGCAAAUUCGAAAUGCCUGACAAGGAAAAUAUCGUCACUAUGAGGCAUAGUCAAAUUCCGCUUGUCAAUUGUGAAAUACCUCAGCCGAUUAACAACCUGUCACAUGUUGAAGCUGUGAAUUUCAAAUGUCAAACACCGAAAACUCCAAAAUUUGGGAAAUACGAAAUUAUUGACAAAGAAAAUACUAUUAAUAUAAGGAAUACUGAAGCUUCGAUUGUCAAUUGUGAAAUGCCCGAAUUGUCAAAUAACGACACUGCAACUGUGGAAUUCACCUGUCAAUUGUCCAAACUGUCAAUUCCCGAGAUGAAUUCAAUGUGUCAAAUUCCGAAUGUUAGUUGUAAAAUGCCCCAACUGCCAACUAAUGACACCCAAACAAUGGAAUUCACUUGUCAAAUACCGAAACUGUCAAUGAUUGACGAGUGUCGAAGUCCCACAAUUGUCAAAACCACUGAAUUGUCAAAAAUUAACAAAAACGAAGACUGGAAGAAUGUGUCAAAAGUUGUCCCUGAAACUCCCCAAAACACCACCUGUCAAAAUUUGAAACAAAAAAAUCAAACACCAAAACACGAAUCGAGUUACUGUGAAGCUCCAGAGCCGUCUUUUCACAUAAAUCUAACAAACAUCAGUUCAGAAGUGGACAAUACGCAACAUUUGCUCGAUUAUAAAAUUUCCCAUAUGGAAAAUUCAAUGGUUUUGGAUGAUGUGUCAUUGUUAGACGUGCAUAAAAGUCGCCUAAUGAACAUCAACGAUACCUACGUGUUGAAAAACAAGAUGGCGACGAAAUUUGACAGUGAGGAUGACAGUUUAGGGGUUUUACCCGAUGAGUGUUUCACCGAAUUCGAGGACAACCAUGAGGCGAAACAAUACGAUUUCGACAUUUUUAGACACCCCAAAUCAAAAAAAUCCAAACUCGAGAUUAAAACCUAUCCGAAUCUUGAGGAGUUGAUUGAUAUUGCACGAAAACAGCGAGAAUUCAUCAAAGAUUAUUUGGAGAAUUUCAAAUUUCGCAAAAUUAAAGUCGUGGAUUUGUCGAAAAAGCCAACACCGGUGGCGGUGGAAACCCCCGAGGAAAAAGAAGAAGAAGAAAUCAAGAAACACAUCCCAACGAUCAAAGAAACAGUCACAAAAUACGAAGAAAGCGCACAAAAAUGCUGGAAAUUGGAGUCGAUCAAAGAUGACAUUUAUCACAUUUCGACACUCUUCGCUUCGCUUGUUCUAAACGUGCAAUUAGACGUUGGGUCAGGAGUGGUCCUUAAUAUUGAGAUUUCCACGAGAUUGCAAAACGACUCCAAACCCAUUGAUCACUUUAUUGUAAAUUAUUUCAUUGAGAAAUUGAAAGAUAAUCAUUUAGUGUCAGCUUUGGGACGAAAUUAUGACAUUUUAUCGCUUCUUGAUUACGUCAAAAUGACAGUUUUGAAAAUUCGGAGUUUUCUCGAUGAGUUUCAAUCGAUCGAAUGGAUGAUUUUUAAUCGUGAUUUUGUGGCGACUUAUAAAAUAAUGGAAGUGGAUUUGGAACUGAUGGCUGACGUUAUGGUGGACAUGAGCGAUGUCGAUAACAUAGAUUUCGAUAAAAAUGUAACAAUUGUAGAGAAAAUUGGGAGUGUGAAUCGGCAAGAGUUGCUCGAUUUUGCCAAAACUUGCCCCAAAGGACUCGCUUUUUUCAAGGGUUUUUCAGAAUGUAUUGAAAAAUAUGUGAAGGUUAAGGAGAAGCGAAAAUGUUUUACUAAACGGUAUCAAUAAGUUUUGUGCUAGUUUGUAAGUAUUUUGUUGAAUAAUUUACUAUUUUUUA